AAUGUAUUUGGCUGAGGUGUAUGUAAACUUCCGAUUCACAGGUUAAUAUGUAACAUGAUCAACUGGGAAAGGGUAAGUUCUACUAUUACAGGACUGAAGAUUUAUGACCGUCAUUUGUGUUCUCUAUAAAUGCAAACGGACCUCUGGUAGCUUGACUUCCAGACACAGAAGGGUUGGUGCAAGUGGCCUAAAGAGCAUCCUGUGUCCAUGUCCUAAAUCACACGCACAUUACAAUCAUUCCCACUAAAUACAUCCAACUUCACAUCUGGCUGUUGGUCUUUGGUCCAACACACAUUUAUUUUCUCCAGUAGGAACACACUGUUCUCUGGAAGCAGAGGGGAACCGGCCUGCUAGUCUCAAACAGCCGAGUAGUUGGUUUGUUUUUUUACAGAUUUUUGUUGUCUCGUUUGAAUUAUGCAUUUGUGUAUUGUGAAUAUGUCUCUGUAUGUGAUGGGGUGAAUGAACAUGCUAUGAACUGGUCACAUCGGCGUUAUAACGUAGAAGGGGGUUGACAAAAGCUCUGACGGAGCCCAUUGGCUGAGCUGGGUGCGCUUGGCAGCAGGGCGGCUUUCUGAUUGGCCCCGUGACAUCCCCCCCCCUCCUCGGCGGCUGGCGACAGUCCGCAAGGUUUUGAGAGGUCUCCGGUCUGAUGAGGAGCCAUGUUCGUGUUGCCUGCAUAUGUGUCGUCUACCGCCACUGUUCUGAUCGUUAAAGAGUCUUAUUUAACCGACCGGGAACUGUAGCCCUGGUCACACGAGUCCGCGAUGAAAAAAGGAGAGAGGUUUCGGAGGGCACAGGAAGCGCUGGCUGCGAGCUUCUCAUAGGAGGAUUCCAGACAUCCGUGAAUCAAAUUCCACCAGCAGUGGUUUAUUAGCCUGCUAGCUGCUGUCCCGUCCCCGGAGACAAAUCUGGCGGCCCUUCGGCUAGGGGCGGAGGAGAAGGAGCUGGGGGCCAUGGCCUGGGUGCUGAAGAUGGACCAUGCCACCAUCGAGUCAGGGCUGGUACACGACUUUGAUGCCAGUCUGUCGGGCAUCGGGCAGGAGCUGGGGGCUGGCGCAUACAGUAUGAGUGAUGUGCUGGCCCUGCCCAUCUUUAAACAGGAGGUCUCCAGUCUAACUUCAGACGGUGAGAGCAGCGGUCUGAACCCUCCCUUCCAGUAUGUUCUCUGUGCUGCCACCUCCCCUGCUGUCAAACUACACGACGAGACGCUCACCUACCUGAACCAAGGCCAGUCUUAUGAGAUCCGUAUGCUGGACAACAGGAAGCUGGAGAUAUCAGAGAUAAACAACAGGAGUGUGAAGAGCAUCGUUAGGGUGGUGUUUCAUGACAGGAGACUCCAGUACACAGAACAUCGACAGCUGGAGGGCUGGAAGUGGAAUCGCCCGGGAGACCGGCUCCUAGACAUCGACAUCCCCUUGUCAGUGGGUAUCAUGGAGCCCAAAGCCAACCCCUCCCAGCUCAACGCUGCAGAGUUCCUCUGGGACAUCAACAGGAGAGCCUCUGUGUUUGUGCAGGUUCACUGCAUCAGUACAGAGUUCACCCCUAGGAAGCAUGGAGGAGAGAAGGGAGUUCCCUUCAGGAUCCAGAUCGACACUUUCAGACAGGGAGACAACGGAGAGUACACUGAACACCUCCACUCUGCUUCCUGUCAAAUCAAAGUCUUCAAGCCAAAGGGGGCAGACAGGAAACAGAAGACGGACAGAGAGAAGAUGGAGAAACGAACGUCUCAAGAGAAGGAGAAGUACCAAUCCUCCUACAACACCACCAUCCUAUCAGAGAUGAGGCUGGAGCCCAUCAUAGAGGAAGCAGGAGACUACGAGCUGAAGAAGUCCAGCAAGAGGACGCUGCCGGCUGACUGUGGGGACUCGCUGGCCAAGAGAGGAAGUUGUUCUCCAUGGCCUGAUGCCUACGUGGGCUCUCCCCGGACGGCUGGUCCCUCCUUCACCUCCACACCCCUCUCCACGUACACGGCCUCCUCCCUACCCGACAGUGGCUCAUCGUCGCCCAAUCACCAGGCAGACCCUGUCAGCCAAGUCGUCACAGAGCUCAGUCCUACAGCUUCCAUCCAGGAGACUCAGAAGUGGCUUGUUAAAAACCGCUUCAGCAGCUACGCUCGUCUCUUCUCCCACUUCUCAGGUUUUGACUUACUAAAGUUGACCCGGGACGACCUGGUUCAGAUCUGUGGAGCUGCUGAUGGAAUCAGACUCUUCAACACACUCAGAUCCAGGUCGGUGUGUCCCAGGUUGACCCUCUAUGUAUGCCAGGAGUGUGAGGUAGAGAGCCCCCUGCUGGAGAGACGUGGUGACAGCAGAGAGUGCAGUGACGCACCUCAUUUAUACGUGUACCAUGCUCUAUACCUGGAGGAGCUGACUGUGUCUGAGUUGAUCAGGAAGAUAGCGUGUGUGUGUAGUGUUCCACUGGGACAGAUCAACCAGGUCUACCGACAAGGACCCACAGGAAUACACAUCCUGCUGAGUGACCAGAUGGUUUACAACUUACCUGAUGAGAGCUGCUUUCUGAUCGGCACAAUCAAAGAUGAAACGGGGGAGGGGCUCCACCAAAUGGGGGAGGGGCUUCACCUGGUUUUGAAGUAGCGAUAGAGGAUGAGAGUGCGAUGACAUCACUCAACACUGAGCAGCCUCCACCCCUCCUUCCAUCACUCCAUCCAUCCCGCCCUCCAUCCCGCCCUCUCUCCUAUCGUUCAGAUUGCCGUGUCUAAGGCAGACGGACAGAGAUCCUGACCUGCGGCCUUGUUAAUGUUAGAAUCUGACGGGGUGUGACCACUGUUUCAUAUUGAAAACACUAUUACUGAGGGGGACUUUGUUUGUUCUUAAAUGUUUAUAUUGUUGUACGAGAGGAGGGAGGCUGCCCCCCCCCACAGAGAGACAGUCAUAUAGAGGAGGGAGGGAGGCUGCCCCCCCCCCCCCCACAGAGAGACAGUCAUAUAGAGGAGGGAG